AUGCCCUGGCGGCCGCUGCCUCUUUCCUAUGCGGUAGCCAUCUAUCCCUUUCAACCAUCAGCCGCCUCUCCAGCCGAGUUACCGCUUCAAAUUGGCGAUCAGCUGUAUGUCAUUGAACAGGGAGGCAAGGAUGGCUCGUGGUGUCGGGGCUAUCUUGUUGCGCCACCGACCUUGCUGUCUGCCUUGAGAUUGAAUCCCGGUAGUAGAACGCCCUCUGAUGCACGCGUCUUCUCUGGUAUCUUUCCCAGAUGUUGCAUCGAGAUCCGAGAACAACUCGGGCCAGAUGUCGAUGCCCUGGCGCAACCAGGGCAGCCGAAGCCUUCGGCCCCUGUUCCCAUGUUGAAGAUUGGCGAUGAGUCGCCAACCUCGUCAGACGAGCCUCUGGUGGACGAAAUUGCCUCAUGCCUUCGAGAAUGGUAUAUUCUUCAUCUUCCCGGUCUGGUUCUGAGCCGAGACUACCGUCAACUCGACCAAAUAUCGGACAUCGCAACGCGGCUCGAUUAUGCGAGACGCGAAUUGCUCAAUGAUGUUCUCACCAGGCAGGAGAGAGUGCAAGUUCGCGACAAAGCUGUUUGGGAUUUGGUCCGGGGAAAUAAGAUGCUGAGUGGCGAAGUCAUUGUCCGCGACCCGGCCCAGCAGGGCAGAUUGUUGACUUCGGAGGACUCGGCCAUCGAGGUGGCCAAGUUACAGUCGGUCAUGAGCGUCCUGGAUGCUCCACCCGCCAAAAAGUCCAAAGCCACAUCACUCUACCACUGUCUACUGCAGGUCAAAUCAGUGCUGGGCUCGGAUCUGGACACGAUAACCCUCAGUCUGACCCUCUAUGAGAAGAUGGCCGAUGACAAUGUAGUCCCCUUUUCCGAGACAUAUAGCUCGGUGGCUUCGGCAAAGAUGGAAACCCUUCUGUCAGAUCUUAGCGCAAGAGACGUAGCCGACACCGGCCGUUUAUUCCUCGCCAUCAGGGUGGUGGUCCCGGAACCUCCUCGAAAACCCAAACGACGGGGUCCAGAGCGUCCGCCGUCAAGAAACGGAACCCUGCUCGGCCAAAGGCAGCUGUCUCUGAACCGCAGACGGUCGAGUCUCAUGUUUGGGAAACGAAAAACUGCGGAAAGGCCACUUCCUGGGCAGACUGGCCGCACGACACCCUCCCUGCAAGACAGGGCUGCCACUCCGUCCAUCAUUGAAGAAGAGGAGGACGGGUCGACUCAAAUCUCAGGACCUCCCAUUCCUCGGACAAUAGGGGUUGGCAUUCUGGAUGUUGACAGCGUUGUGAGGGACGGCAAGCCGUGCGAGGAGACUGUCACUAUAUGGUCGGUUUCGCAGCGAGAGGACGAAAAGCCAAAGCAAUUUGAUGCCAGGCUAGCCCGACUUUUGGACAGUGCAGGUAAACCCAUUGUGGUCUCCAGCCAAUUGUCGACUGUGACACUCAGCCUCACACCUUUCAGUGCACCAGAUGCAGACACACUUAUCAAGAACAAUCCGACCUCCAUGCAUAUGAUCACCAAAACACAGAAGAUGGGUUUCUCAGAAGCUCCCUCUAAGCCAAGAUCUGACAUCUACCUGAGACUGAAUAAGGCAGCGAUAGCUCAAGGAGCUUAUUUGUCUCAUCCCGACGUGGGUGUCGUGCCCAUCAACGCGUAUUCGUUGCAGAACCUGCAAUUAACCAUGGAGGUCCGGGAUGCCGCUGGACGAAGAGUCGAGCAUUGUAUAUUUCCCUCGUCUAACGGGGCCGGCGUAACUGCCUUUCGAACAAACGCUUCCGAACUUGGAUCUGCUUGGGAUCAAACAUUGUGCCUUCGAGUGCCGGCUGAACGGGUGUCCGAAUGCCAUGUUGUAUUGAGCAUUGCGGAUGCCCCCGAAUUCCCCUUUGCUUUGGCCUGGAUGCCACUCUGGGACAAGCAAGCCUUCAUUACUGAUGGCAAGCAUUCCCUCAUUUUACAUGCUUACGAUAAAGUCACGUCUAGCAUCGUCCGAGGGCGUGGGGCAUAUUUGUCCUUACCCUGGAACGGCUCCAACUACAGGGUCGCCCAUGAAGGCGCUAUGGCCGACAUUGCCUCACUGGAAGUCGAAACGUCGCUCUGCAGUACCGAAUUCUCCCAAGAUCGGACACUAGUCAGUCUGAUCAACUGGAAACACCAGUCCUCGGUGCAAUUGCUGGACAUGUUGCAGAAGCUCGCUUUUGUUGCCGAGAUCGAGAUUGUCAAGCAGGUCAACGACGUGCUCGACGCUCUGUUCGGUAUUCUUGUGCAUAAAUCAGGCGAGUCAAAGUUCGAGGAUUUGAUUUUCAACAAUAUUGUAUGGGUUCUGGGAAUCGUGCACGAUAGACGGUACAACCUCGGGCCUCUGGUGGAACAGUAUACCGAGAAUCAUUUCCGCUCGCCCUAUGCCGCGUCUUGCUUGAUACGCAGCUUCACUCGACUAUUACAGAGUGUGUCUGACCCUCAAAGCGCUCGUGAUAUGAGGGCCUUGUUCAAGGUCGGAAGAGCAUUCAUGAAAAUCGUCAUUGCGUCCUAUCAACAGAGACGAUUCGGCUCUCAGACAAAAGCAAACGACGAGAAGCACUCCACGUUCAAGGAAGACUUGCAAGCCAUCUUCUUUGGAAUGCAGAUGAUGAUGCGCAGUGAGACGCCCGCUUUGGUGGGCAAUAAGACUCUCCUUGUGCAAAAGUUUCACACCUGGCUCCCAGAGUUGCUGCCGGCAUUUAGCAAGGAAGAAGUGAUAGAUAUGGCCAUUGAAUUUAUGGACUCGUGCGAAGAGGCCACAGGAAAAUUGGUCCUAUUCCGAAUCCUGCUGAUCCUGAAUUACACCAAGUUGCAGGCGAUUUGGGUCGACGACGAGGACAAAGAAACCCUGGUGAAGAACUGCAUCAGAUGGCUCUCCCCGUACUGGGUCCAGAAUGAUUUGACGGAGCACUGGCACGACCAGGUUCGACUCUGCUGUUCCGUGGUGGCGGAGUUGACCCGAUUCCCAACACUUCACCUCCACGACUUCAUGCCCAGACUCAUUUCUGCCUACAGCGCCAUCGCCGAUGAGCCUGUUACCAGACAUCGGUCAAUGUCUCUGCUCUUCCCCGACUCUUACCCCUUCGUCACCAAACCAGCCGACAGCAAUGAUCAGUUCGAAGAGACCCUCCUUGAACUGUCUGCUGUAAUCUCGAUUAUCGCAAAGAUGAAGCCGCCUUCGACUGUCAAACCCCAAGCGCAAGAUGUCUCGGUAUACAUCCUCUCCACUCUCAAGUUUUUGCGCUCCCUUUUGCAAAACCAUGCGUAUCCUCCGACGUGGCUCAGCCUGCACAUUUAUCACCACUCGUCGGCCCUUGCCCUUUUGGAGCACCUUUUCUCACUUCUCGUCUCGUCGUGCCUCCCAGACCCUGAGGAUGCAGAUACCUUCGAUAUGCAGCUAUGGAAGGCAUUCCUUGACACCAUCCUGAGCCUCGUUUCCUCGCCGGCGCUGACCCUGGAACUCUUCCCUGAGCAAAAGCGUAGAGCGGUCUGGAAGAUCGCCGGCGAUGUGCGUCAAGCUGGCGCCGACCUCCUGCGCAAGGCCUGGGAGAGUCUUGGCUGGGAAGCAACAGCCGACGACCUUCGAAGAUACAACGUCCACAGACUGGGAGGGUAUCAAGUCCAGUACGUCCCGAGCCUGGUGGCACCAACUAUAAGCCUCUGUCUCAGCAUGCACGAGGGGUUGCGCAAGGUCGCUGUCGAGAUCUUGCAGACCAUGAUCGUCAGCGAAUGGGCGCUGAGUGAGGACCUCGAACUUAUCGAGACGGAGAUCAUUGGCGCGCUCAAUUCGAUCCUCAAGGCACAGAUCGUGACGGCCAACGAGGCAGUGAGCCGCAAGCUGUUCAUCACUGAACUGCUCGACCUGUUCUCCACGAUCGCCAACCAGCCGGACGACGCGCUGUGGACAGCCCUGGAGGAACUGGUGGCGACGGUGGAGGAACUCGUUGAUCUGCUCACCUCUUCAGGCGAUCUUGACAACGAAUUGCCGACCAGUCCGGCAACUCCAAACCACAACGGCCGCGCGAACAAUCAUCAUGGCCGGGCCAGGGACACGGACUCGCACUCUCAGACCUCCGAGGCCAAAGAGCUCGCGCGGGCCCGCCGCUCCAUCGAUGGCCUCAGCCCCUCAUCGCACCAGCACGGCCGCGACAGAGAGUACGGCGUUCACGCCCUCGAGUGCUACAAACAGCUCGCAGACGAGUACGAGCGCACUGGCGACUACAAGCGCCUGGCCAAGACGUAUCGCGCGAUUGCAAGGAUCCAUGAGGCCAGGGCGGCGGUGAGGGGAUUCGCAGGCAGGGAGCUUAAUGGACGCGGAGGUGACGAUGACGACGAUACGGAUGACGAUGGAUAA